AUGCAAGAUACAGAGCUGUUGCAAAUGCGUCAAGCGAGACUUGAUGCCAUCCGAGACAACAAGACCUUCAAACAAACGUGGAACGAGGAAAAUGAAAAGAUACAUAAACGGAACAUGGAGUUGAAAAAGCAACGAGAGAGUAUCGACAUGAAAAUUAAAACAACUCAAACCCUCAUGAAAAAGAGACAAGAAGAGUUGAAGAAAAAGACAAUGAGAAAUAUUGCUCUUGGUGGGAUUGAAGAAUUUGAGAAAACUCUCGAACGUCUUGACCAGCAACCAAAACCUGUCACUGCAGAAGUUAAACCAACAACAAAGGAAGACACACUUCAUACUCCAGAGCUUCACCAAACAAUUGGCAAUGAUGCCACUGCAUAUUUAAAAAAGAUCAAAUCAAAGAAACAAGAUGAGAAUGCAAGCCGAAAAGAGAAGGAGCAACGCAGACGAAAAGUUUUAAUGGAGCAACAGCAAGUGUUCAAGGAUCUGGAGGAUGCCAGAAGAAGAGAAGUACUUCUUGAAAAGCUCAUGAAAAAAUCAGCUGAGGAGAGAAAUCUUGCCAAAGAGUUGAACCAAAUUAAACAACUGAAACAAGUGAUGAAAGAAAAUAGAGAAGUGAGAGAAAAACAAUAUGCUGAGAGGCGAAGAAAAGAUUUUGAAGAAAAACAGCAACGGGAGAAAGAAUUAAUGGAAAAAGAAAGAGAAGAGAGAAAACAAAAGAAAAAGGAACUCAUUGAGAAACACAAGGUUCUUCUUGAGGAGCGGUCUCAAAAAAAGAAAGAAAAACAUACUAGUAUCUGCAAAGAGGUCACUGAUCAUUUGGUUGACCUGGCCAUGCAAGAAAUAGGUUACAUAGAAACGACAGAGGGAGAACCUCCUUCUUCUGCAGAUGUGAGUCAAUGGAAAAAAAUGUUUGUUAAGGGAGCCCCAUUGAAUGAAGAGGAACAAUCAAUAAUUUCAGAAGUAGACGUUCCUGAGAAGCAAACUUCAAAAAUACCCUCGACGUUCAAUCAAGACGUGAUCGAUUUUGCAGAAUUCAAAGAUUAUUUCAACUACAAGGGAGUGUGGGAAGAAGAGGUAAUUGCAUUGCUUCCACAACAAACUAACAAUGAGUCAUCUUCUUCAAUAGAAAUACUAUCACCUUUCGUGAGUGGAGCAAUUCAAGAAAUUCAUCACAGGGUCUAUCCUCUUCCUGCUCCAAAAACCUCUCCAAAUAUCAAAUCAAAGUACCCUUAUAAUGUUGUAGUGUGUGGGAAACCAAUGAGCGGAAAAACGACGGUAUGUCAAAAACUCUCAGCUCUACUUUCUCUGUACGUUAUAAACCCAGAGAAAAUGUUGAAGGCUUUAAUAGAACCACUUCCAAACCAGCCUCAAAGCGCUCCACAAGAAUAUCAAGAAAUUGCAACAAAAGCCAAAGGAUGUUUGAAAGAAGGAAAAGAGGUAGAUUUUUCAGUGAUCGUAGAUUUGAUUGUACUGGAAAUUGAAAAGAUUGAAAAGCUCGAAAAUUCCCAGUAUCAAGGAUGGAUCAUUGAAGGAUUUCCAACUAAUUUAGAAGCCGCCCAGUUGCUUGAAAAGAAGAUUUCUGGGUUUGCCUCAACAAUUGAAGAAUAUAUUCAAAACGAGAAAAUUGAAGAGUUUCAACAUAGUGAAGAUGGAAUGGGAAGAAACUUUAAUUCAUUAUUGGUGAAAGAAUUUAAAGAGCCAAGUAACCAAUACGAAAUUAUGAGAUCAAUAGUUCCUUUCAAAUCGUUUACCUCCGUACUAUUUAUUGAUGUCGAGGAUGACCAAGUUUUUGAGAGGCUUGUCAAUCAAAAGGUGGAUCCAGUAUCUGGUAAAGUUUAUCACAUGACAUACUCUCCACCAGACAAUAUUGAAAUUUUGAGUCGUCUGGUACCUAUUGAUGAGCAUUCCAACUUGGAUAGAGCCCAAAUUAAUUCUCAGUUAUUAACUUAUAACAAGACCAAAAGACAAUUAUUGUCAUUCUACAAGAUCUUUGACAACGUGUUCGAAGUUUCAGAGGAAAACUUAGACAAUCUCAUCAACACUUGUGUCGAGAUACUGGAAGAAACGAAGCGAAAAUCCGAAGACACCUCUCGAGUACAUGGUGAAAAUUGGGAGAAGGCAGAAAUGUCAAAAGUAGAAAUCACAGAACUUCAGAAGAAAGAGCUUGAAAUUGAUUUUUGUAAAUUAUUCCUUAAAGAAUGGAAGGAGCUUGAGCAACAUUAUGUGGAUGGAGUGAAAAUUGUGUUUAGAAACUUGAGAGACUUUAGAAAAACAUUUUUCAAGCAAUUCUCUGAUCUCAAAGAACAGUUCAUGAAUUUUUUACUCAGACCUGACGACAAGCAAAAUUAUAUUUCUGCGUUUCAAACCGACUUCAAUCGUUUUAGUUAUGAGAUGAGAAGCAACCAACAGCUGAAACAAGAACUUCAUAGACGAACUGAUGAGCUUAAAGAAAACUUGUGGAAUUUGUGUGACGAAAAGAAAAUGGAGGCAGAAAAAGAGCUAAGCGAGCACAUGAAGGAAUCUUGGUUACAGACACACAAGAGAGUUGUCAUAAGACAGCACAUGCAACUCAUUCAGCUCGAGCUCAAUCGAUAUAUUGAACAAGCAAAAUUUGUGUUCGACUACUUGGUUGAACAAUACCUCGGUACUGAUUUGAAUCAGGCACCAAUUGAUCCCAAAAAACCAGUGGCAGCUGGCUUACUGUCUGUGAAUGUCGAAGAGCUGUUUGUAGACGUGAUUUCUGGUGCGACAGGUAUGAAGAGUCCCACGGCAAAGAAAACCUCAAAACCUCCUUCUAAUGCCUCCAGCGCUCGACCAAAGAGUGCCUUUUCCGCAGAUUCAGUCGAUGCAAAUAUUGAAGAAUGUUUUGAACGAGCAAAGAAUGCAGCAGAAACCAUUGAUUUCCUUGGAAUGCUUCAAACCUAUAUUGACAAGAAUAGUAAAAAGAAGAAGGAAGCAAGCAAAACCAAGGAAAUGUAUCCUGACGUACCUCAAGAAUUGAAAGAAGUCCUCCAAAAAGAAAAAGAGCUUUUCAUGCAACGAAUUACUAUCAUUAAGUCAAGAUGCACCAAUGCCGUGAGAGAACAAAUCGACAACAAAUCUCAGCACAUAUUUGAUACAAUGAAAGAUUGGAUUGGACAGCGAUAUCGAACAGACAUGGCAAAUAUUGCCUUACUCACGAGGACCAUUCAAGAUUACAUUGAAAAGGAGACUCCAAUCAUUCAUCAAUUAAGAAUAGAGGGCAAUAAGUGUAUUUUGGAUGAUAGUGUGCAAACUACGUCACCACUACCAUUGGUUUCAUUGUCACAAUCUCGAAAGAUGCAACAACUCGAUCAUUUUGUACCAACCUCUCUCUCGAAAGCAUUUACACCACACCAAGUUUACUCAUUGUUUGAGAGGUUACAAGCUCCAAGUCCGAGUGGAUUUUCUGAGAUUGAAGAAAUGACGACUACCUUGUUGAUUCUAAUUGAUUCUACUUUUGGCUCAAUGGAAUUACCUCCUCAAUGGCUUGGUUACGACAAUGAAAAGGUUAAAUCGAUUGCAUUCCGAUUUGAUCCAUUCAAGAAGGGAUAUAUUAAUUGGAGAGUAUUCCUACUGUCUGCAUUGUUCUCCUUUUUCCAUAACAUUCCAACCAUUGAGGAUAUUAGGCAAUUAUUAACUAUUGUUCAUCCCUUGGUCUCAGAAAAUGAAUUGGAUUUAAAGUCAGAACAAUUUACAGAAAUCAUAGUCAGAUGGAUUGCACAAACAAGUCUUUCAACCAACGAAGACGAAGUUGCCAAAGUGUUAUUUAACAUUUUCAAACCAGAUCCAAUGUCAACCACUGUAAAUAUUAGAACUGUAUUGUUAUAUUUAUGUAUGGACAACCAAAGCGCCUUGGGUACUCUAACGAAAGGUUUUGAAGUGCUUUCAUAUUUCAACGGAACGGAAGGUUUAAACGAUAAUGCUGUAUUUGAACUUUUUAACUUUAAUUUAGAUGUUGAGGAAGAAAUUGAAGACUCCUUCUCACUCUCUCAAAUUAGAGCAGUUUUUUCAGAAAUUAAGAGCUCCAACAGAAGCAUUUCACUGGAGCAGUUCUGUUGCAGCUCUAUAGGUAGAAUGAUUGUGAAUCAUGCCCACCAUCUCAAAUUGAGCUCUGUGUUCUAUUAG